UAGAGCGCACGCACGACCCGCUACGAACCGGCUACGAGUCUACGCUGACUACGAAACGCAUCUCGAAAUGCUACGUGUGUUUUUAUACUAAGUGCUUUAACAAUGUAUCUUUGUGGGUGUAUAUUUCUUCUAUUAUGCGGGACUGUCAUUGGAAAUCCAGCGAAAAUAGAUUCAAAGAGAGAUCACUGCAACAAGACAGUAGAGAUAUAUGAAGACGUCUCGUCUCCGCCAGUCACGCCCGAGAACUUCGGACGAUCGCUCACUUGUACAUAUAGGUUCAGAGCGUUCCGCGGAUCACCAAAAGACUGGAUCUUGAGGAUACGUUUCAAGAAGUUCAAGGUGGGCAGUUUAAUAAAUGGCACCACAUGCCACAAGGGAUACAUGCAGAUAGUUGACGGGAACGCGAAGACCGACGUAUCAAACAGAAAGGAGCCAGGCUUGUUCUGCGGGGAGAUUGAACAGCCGCAAACCUUCAUAUCUGAGACUAACUUCGUGAAAAUCGUCUUCCACGCUGAUAAUUUCACCGAUCAAACUUACUUCAGCUUUGAUUCGAGAGCAGAACAGCAAUUUGAAGUGUACCUGAGAUAUGGACAGCAUCCAGAGCUAUACCCUAAUAGAAGAGGAGAAGUUGUGGCUGGAUCAUAUUGCGAGAGAGUGUUCAGAGACUGCAGGCUACAGACAUGCUACGUGCAGUCCGCGGCGUACCCAGGGGUAUACCCAAGGAAUCUACACUGCAGGUACCAUCUGAACACCAGACUUCCAUACAUAAAGCUAUACAUCGAAAACGAAGAAUUUAAUAUAGAUGGCCAACGUUGCGAAAACAUCAUGACGUGUCCCAUGAGGCCUAUCACAUCAGGUUCAGAGAACUGUCCAUACGACUACAUACGCAUCUACGAUGGCAAGGACGAAUCGUCAGCGGUGAUCGGAACUUUCUGUGGCAUGGGCAAAUUUCCCUACUCCAUCAUCGGCACUUCGCAGGACUUGUUCGUUGAGUUCGUUAGUUCGCCCGCAGGCCCUCUCCUAAACACCGGUUUUCACUUCAACGUGGGCAAUUGGCCAGGCCACGUGGAGGCACCUGGAUCCAAGAUCGGCAGCUGCGACUGGCUCCUCACGGCGGAGUCUCUCAAGAAAUCUGGAGACACUGAGGGCAUAUUCCUCUCUGUGGCACAUUGGUAUCCACCGCAUACUUCCUGCACUUAUCUGAUGCAGGGAUUCCCCGGUCAAGUUGUGAGGCUUUACUUCCCAAGCUUUCGAAUCAACCGCAUCGAGUCUCCCAUAGUCCCAUGGACAGGGGACUGUGGCGAGUCACUGACGCUGUACGACGCUCCCCGACCUGAUGAUGCGAAGAUCAUCAAGACCUUCUGCGACACCUUCAGUAGACCGAUGGAGAAACACGACUUCGUGUCCACCGGGAAUGCGAUGUUUGUGCGAUUUGAGAGCAAAACAGGCAGUUAUAGUGGAUCUUCGCUGUACUACUGGGCGCACUACGACUUUUUCAAUAAUACCCGCUUCGGUGAACCCGUGCAAGGCACCGCGUGCGACGAAGUUAUCGCAUCGUGGAAACAGAGGGCGGGACGGCUGCGUUCCCCACUAAACACGUUAGUUUACAAGCAAGCGCCGCCGGGAGAGGACGUGCACUGCCUAUACAGAUUUGUCACGGACAAGAGGAUAUAUGCAAGGGUCAUUUUAACUAUUCUCAGUGUUAAUUUUAAGGAACACCCCUACACACCAGUGUCCUGUCAAAACUGCUAUGAAGAUAGAGCCGAUAAACUAAUCAUAUGGGAACCCUUUCCUGGGGGCAGGCCUGCAAACCUAUCACUUGGAAUGACAACAACGCCUCUUCCUUUACAUUUAGCAGUUCAGCGAUCUGUUGGAUCAUGUCUUUGCGCGAAGCAUGCCAAUACUGUGUCUCGUGCGAGGCCUUAUAGGGUCGUUUCAUCUGGUGAAACUUUAAAUUUACAGUUAAUUGUCGACAAUGCUCACGCUGCGGCUUCGUAUUUCAAGAACCCUUCACCGCUUUUCGAAGCCAGAUACGAAUUUGUCCACGGACCACUUUGUGGACCAGCAGUUCUAGCCGCUGCGUCUGAUGGCGAAAUAGUCUAUCCUCAUUUAGAAGCGCUAGGAUACACAGAACCACCUAAGAGAAUACAAUGCAUAUGGGACCUGGAGAUAGAGGAGAAGAGAGAUAUUUGGCUGCAUUUUGAUAGCAUCAAAUUUGCAUCACGACACUGUGAUGAUGGCAACAUACAGAUUUAUUUACCAGGUCGUAUAGAACCAUAUUUAUCAGUGUGUGGUGAAAAUGUUUCUCUUGCCCGGGAACUUCCAAUUUUAUCAGCUGGUGAACUCGGAUUUGAAUCCCUAGAUGACCCAUUGAUCAUUGAAAAAGAAAAAACAAGGUCUAUAAGAAUAGUGUUCAUCGGAAGUGCCUCACCAGCGCGAGCAGCAUUCAAAAUUGCUUGGACUGGAUUGUACCAUUUGCCUAAAAAUUCUGACGGUACCUUAAUGACGUCACGCCUGACUGACAGUGGUUUGGGCACUGCAGAAGGGCAUAACUGUGAUUUCAUAUGUCCUGGAGAAGAAGCGCUAUGCAUUCCAGCUAGAUUAAUAUGUAAUGGUGUUGUCAAUUGUCCAAAUAUAACCGGUGGAGAGAGAAGAUUCUGGACUGCUGAAGAAAAACGAGCAAGAGAAGCGUAUUCAGAGGAUAGUUUGCGCAGACUUGGGUAUUUGGAUGCAUUAAGUGGUAUACAGUUGGGGAAGUUGCAUGAUGAGGCUCCAGAGCUAUGUACGGGAGCGCGGAUGAACGGAAGCGGGGAUUGGCUGGCGCCUGCUUUAGGAGCAGGGCUGGCUGUUGCCAUAUGUGUUUGCGCAUUGGGUGCGGCAUGGAGGUUGUGUUGCCGCAAGCGAUCCCCAGAUGAAGAGUCCUUGGAUUACUGACACGCGGCCCGCGGUGCACACGCGCCGCCCACGCUUCAUUCUCGUUCAGCGUCUAGGGAUCUUCCCUUAGACUGGAGUUUACAUUGACAGACACUAUACUGAGUGCCGGAAUCGUUUGUUGACUAUUGAAUUGCCUUUACAUCACGUUACGAGGUUUAUUCCUAGAUUUGUACAAAGGUUCAAGUUUUCUGUGUUUUGCUGUACGAAUUGUAUGUAUGUUUGUGUUUGGUCGAUUGUCUACCAAUAGUUGUUUAUGAGUUUGGAACAUGAUAUUAUCUGCAUAUAUAUUAAUGCUUAGAUCUGGCACUCAAACCUUGUUGUAAUUAGUGUAUAUACCCUCUAGUUACCCUGAUAUUGAUGGAUGCUUGAACAUCAUAGGUUAGUAAACGGUGAUAGUAGCCAUAUUGAUUGGUGAUCUAAGUAAGUUAUGGGUGCAAUUCUAGCAGAAAUGUGAUCUAGACUUCUUAUCAACAAUUUUGCUCAUGGUUUAUAUUUCCGUUUUUAUACUUUUCCUUUUCUUUUUUUAAACUCCCAGCAAUCUGGACUCCUACUUUAGGUUAUGUUUUAUAUUUGCUUCAUCCUCUCAAUCUAUAGUUAUAAUUUCAAGAGCUUAUUGUUUAUUUCAAAUUGUCCUCUACUUUUCCUUAUGUAAUUAUUUUUCUUGAAACGGUCAGUGUCCUAUAGUCUAGCUGGCAUCUCUGUCGAAGCAUCCGAAUAGUAGAUAAUUCUGGUGGUAUAAAUCUGUUGAAAUUGAUAAUGCUCAUUCGAUUUUAUUAAGACCAAUACUGCCGACUGAUAAGAAUUAUACCGAUAGCUAUUUGUUUCGUUAUGCAUAGUAGAAAAGUGUUUGUUGAAUUAAUUUCAACUUACAUGAGUCGUUAAUAAAAAAUGUCGUAUAAUGUAAUAAAAAACUUUUUGAACAAAAUAUAACCUAAAUCUGUGCACGAUAUACACCAAUAUAAAAAAGCUGCUGAAAAAUGAAAGUUCGAGUUUCAAACUAUACCAAAAAUAUGAAAUUGAAGUUUGUUUACUUGUUUGUUCGAAUUAAUCUCCGCAAUUAGAGUUAAUCUUCUCUCCGUUCUUUUCCACCGUUGAAUAUGUACUAUGAUUCCUGAAUGCUAUCACAAAUCCCUACUCAAUCUUACAGAAGUGAAAGUGACUAUCUGUAUGUCUCUUCUUCACACCAAU